AUGGCGAGCAAUUUAUCGAGCGCCAAUGCUAGCGAGAAAGGCUACUAUGCAUCAAAAGGCCUUUCAGAAUUUGUGAGCACCUUACUUGAAAGCUGGCAUGUCCCUGGUAUCUCCAUCGCAGUGGUUGAUGGCGAUGAUUUCCUUACCGAGGGCCAUGGAACAGCAGAGUUACCCUCAAUGCCUUUCUCCGCAGAUACUCUAUCAUAUGCCGGCAGCACCACAAAGGCCCACCUUGCCGCUCUUCUUGCACUUCUCAUCGCAAGCAAUCGGUACAAAGAUGACAGAGACCAGCCGCUCUCUUGGAAAACCCCGAUUUGCUCCCUGAUAAGAGCGGACUUUGUACUGCAAGAUGAAUGGGCGACUAAUCACAUCACCCUAGAGGAUGCGCUCUGUCAUCGUACAGGGCUAGCAAAGCAUGAUAACGCAUACCCACGCUACAUACGACCUGAAGGCUUCGGUGGACCCCAAAGAUUGAUAACACUUCAGGAGAUGGUCCGAAGUCUGCGAUACUUGCCAAUGGCAAGCGAGCCACGCACAGAGCAUCGCUAUAGCAACCUUAUGUUCGCGACUCUAUCGCAUGUGAUAGAAACGGUGACCGGCCAAUGGCUCGGUAAUGCCCUCCGUGUCUGGCUUUGGGAGCCGCUCGGGAUGAAGGACACACAUCUCUCGCUAGAUCAAGCCUUAGCUGCUGGGCCACACGUAGCCCAGGGAUACUUCUGGGACAAAGACCAGCAUCAAUAUAAGCCGUUGGACCGAAUGCCAACAGAGGAAGUGAGCGGGUCUGGCGCGGUUAUCAUGUCUGCAGCUGAUAUGGUGAAAUGGUUGAGGUUUUGGCUUCGGGAGCAGAGGCCACUGAGCCCGGAGGCGCACAGGAAUCUUCGCCAUCCACGGAUUCCCGUUGGAGCGGAGGAUCCAGCUCCUUUCGAUACACCUAUCAUGUAUGCACAGGCAUGGCAGACUUCCUCCUAUCGUGGACAUCGCUUUUGGAGGCAUCACGGAGCAAUGGAUGCCUUUGGAGCUUUGGUUACCUUCUUCCCUGAUUUGAAUUUUGGGGUUUCCAUCAUGGGAAACACGGCAUUUACGACAAACGUAGUUGCGGAGAUAGUGACCUGGCAUCUGGUUGACAACAAGCUUGGCGUUGCUUCUGGAGAGAGGCACAAUUGGACACAACGAUGGAAGAACACCGUGGAGCAAAUGGAACAGAAUGUCCAUAAUGGCCUGGAAAAAAUUUACCCCAACCGCCCUGAGAAGCCCAUACAAGCUUCUCUUCCACUAUCAAAGUAUGCCGGGCUGUAUUAUCACUCCGGAUACAAAUAUCUGAAAGUGGUAACCAACGACGGAGCGAACGGAAAGUUACUGAAUGCAAGACCAGAAUCGCAACUACAUGCGGAGCAGCCUGAUAACAACUUCCGCAUCAAGUGCGACUUUGUCCAUGUCUCUGGGGAGAAGUGGAUUAUGUAUGUCGACUUGAUGGAUGCACCGACUCUAACGAAGCAUGAUUUUGCUGCGGUAGAGUUUCGAACUGGCCUUGAUGGAGAGAUUGAGUCUAUGGGGAUUGAAUGGCGGGCAAGGAGCGAUGUGGAUGGAUGGAUCUGGUACAAGAAAAUUCGCACUGAAGAUGAAACUCGUAAGGCCUAG